AUGGACGCCGUCGCUUCACAGCAAAUCCGUGGCGAUCUUCGCGAUGAGGAGACGAAACAGCCUGUUGUCCAAGUCAACGGCGCAGAGGAUGACGGUCAAAAUGUUGCCCCCCAGUUCCCUUGGACUUACAGGUGGAUUGCCCUCGUCUGUGUCAUCUCCCUUCCCAUCGGACAUACCUGGACCGGCUCAGCACUCGGCCCAUUGAAGAAUACUCUUCGAGAAGAACUCGGCAUCAACAACACACAGUUUGGUGUACUUAGCAGCGCGGAUGCCUUCGUCAACACCAUCUUUCCCAUUGUGGGAGGCCUCAUCCUUGAUUGGUGGGGACCCAACAUUGUGACACUAUGUUGCACAACCGUCAUCCUGGUGGGAUCAGUUGUUGCUGCUGCCGGUGUUCAAGUUGGCCUUUGGCGGGUGCUCGUCGGUGGUCAUGUCUUGAUGGGCUUCGGCAUCGCAGUCCUUGAUUCGGCCACUCAGAAGUUUUUCUACCACUGGUUUGGAGCCUCUGGACUUGCGUUUGCGUUUGGCCUAGAGAGUGCCAUUGCCAACACCAUCAGUCUCGUGUCUGGCAUGGUUGCAAUCCCCAUUCGCGACGGCACCGGCUGGUAUGGCUGGACAUUUUGGAUUCCCGUAAUCUUCUGUGCAUUCUCACUCCUGGUCAACGUCGCCUACGUCUGCUUCGAACGAUUCGUCGUCCCUCAGCAUCUUCGUUUGACGUCCGGUCGCGCCGCAGCUAUCUCAAAGCAACACCUCCACACCAAGAAGCGGUUCUCCUGGAACGUGCUUUUCCAACUUCCGUGGGCCUACCUCAUGCUCCCGGCAACCCAGCUCUUGCAGAAGGAGGUGGCCGGUUAUUUGGCCACGGCGCAGAAGAUCCUGCCCAUCGUGCUCAGUCCUGUGCUCGGUCUCGCCAUCGACGCGUACGGUCACCGCUUCCACUACGUCGCCACAGCCCCGGUCUUUUGGAUCAUCGCAUGCUCUGUCCUGGGAUUCACCGAUGCGCACCCGACCGUGGGACUGGUCUUCUCUAGCCUGGCGGGCGUCAUCAACUCGAUGCCGCUGCAGAUCUGCAUUCCUCUCCUCGUGGCAGACCAAGCAAAGAUUGGCACAGCCUUUGGAGUCUGGCGAGCCUUCAAUAAUUCUGGAUCCACCAUCAUGGACGUUGUCUUUGGUGUUCUCCAAGACGGAACAGACGGUGGUGGCUACAACAGAGUCCUGCUCGUCGCCAUAGGCAUCAAGGCAUGGGCGUUCGUCUUGGGCAUCGCAUACAUCAUUGUCGAUUACAAGCUUCUCGGCAAGGGCAUGACAAUGACCCGCCGUAGCCGGGAGGCGGCCGAGGCGUUGGUCGUCGACAGGGACUUGGAUCCUCUGACGAAGAGGACGUCAAAGGGGUGGUUCACUGCCCUGACCUUCGGACUCCUCGUGAGCAUCAUUGUCAGCGCUUGGGCGGUGUUCCUUCGCUACCUCAUCUAG